GUAAACGUGGCAAUUGCAAUCGUAUAUAUAUAUAAAAGACAUAAAGGAUAUGUACACACUUUUUACGCGAAACACUCGGCAGUACUCGGCAGAACGGAGAGGGGUACUCAGUACAGGGUGAAAGUGCCGCGGGCGGAAACGUUGUUUCUCGCCAUGGAAUCCAAGCCGGAAACGCAAUCGCGAUUGCACGGCUGGUACAAGGGAUUCGUGUUGAACGUGCUGGAUCAAUGCGGCGAGACCGCCUUCAUCAUUCGAAAGGAUCCCAGCUGGUUGCACGUGCCGUGCUCCCGGCAAAAAAUUACAGUGGAAAGCGCAAAUCUCAUCGGCAGCGUGGAACAGAAUUUUAGCUUAAUAGGGCCGAGUUUUACGGUGUACGACGCAUCUCAAACGCCGCUCUGCAACAUAUAUGGACCCAACAUUUGCGGCUGUUGCAUGUACAAGGAGGCGCAAUUUCAGAUCCUAUCAUUAGAC